GAUUGAAAGCUCGUGGACAGGGAGACAGGAGUGUUGCCCAUCCCAGUUCAUGAAAUCCUGAGAACAAAACAAUGGAUGACUAACAGGUUUGACGUCACGAAAGUGUCCACAAAAUGAAAUGAAAUGAAGCGAGUCGUAGUAAGCAGAGGGAAAACAGGUGCACUCUGAGACGGGAACAGGAGAGUCUUCCAAGGGCCAGACACAGAAACACGCAACAGCCAUGGCAUCGGGAGGCCUCGCGUGUUUAAUGUUUACACUUGUUGCCUUAAAUAUACUGGCUGCAGCAGCAAGCUUGGCAUUAUUUGCUGUUGCCAUUUGGGUGGUGGUGGAUGGAUACAAACUCUACGCCAUAUCUGCCGUGUCAGGGAAAGAUGAUAUCUUUGCGGCUGCCUGGAUUGCCAUCUUUACAGGCUUCGCCUUCUUCCUCACAUGCUUGUUUGGCAUCUUUGCUGCCGUGAAAAGAAGCCGUAGACUCAUGCUGGUGUACCUUAUCGUAAUGUUCAUCAUCUUUAUAUUUGAAUGUGCGUCGGCCAUCACAGCAGCAACCAACCGAGAUUAUCUGGUUGGAAACAGUAACCUGGUGAAGAAACAGAUGCUGCAGUACUACACCGACGACAGUAGCAAAGGGAAUCAGAUAACAGACACAUGGAACAGAGUUAUGCAAGAGGUUAAGUGCUGUGGUGCAGAUGGCCCAGCAGACUGGAUAACAUUUGACUCUACAUACAAAACAAAGUUUCCAAAUUCAUUCUCCUGGCCUCCAAACUGCUGUGAGAAGUUGAGCAACUCUGAGGUGAAAGAUCCAAUCAGUUGUAGAGACGGUGGCAUCACUUUGUUCAAAAAGGGUUGCUUCCAGCACAUUGAAUGGGUUUUAAGUCACUACACGUGGGCCGUAAACUGGUAUGGAUUUGCCGUUCUCAUGCUUGUGUUUUUUAUGCUACUGCUCGCCAUGGUCUACUACAUACAGUUGGAUUAAUGGUACAGAGACUCAAACCAGCAGCCACACCUGCUUCUUAGCCGCUUACACUCAUGUUUUCACUCCAAGCAAAAGAAACGCACCGUGUUUUCAGAUUGCACAAUGGUAACAUCAUAACACAUGCAGUUCUCUAUGUUCAAGUGUGGCAUUAGUAUAAAUCCUCAAGCUUUCUCAAGUUCUUGCACAAUUAUUAUUCAUACAGUUUUAUGAUCUCAUAUUCAUUUAGAGAUUAUGCUCUUUUAUAAAUUCAUGGCACACCACUAGAAUGUCCAGUUGAACGUGAUUUCAAUAUAAUGGAGUUCUAUCGACUGCAUUUAUGUCAAUGUUGAUUUCCAAAGAAAAUAAUUUUCAAUGCCACAACCUUAUGAAAAACUAAUAAAGAUAGUUGUUUCAACGUUGAAUUAGUUAUUCUCAACACUGAUUUAACGUUAAUCCGAUUAUCAGGGUACACUGAAAAAAACAACUAGUUGGAUUUAUUUAUUUUGUGUAAAUUUGCGCAAGUUUUUGCACGGUUUUUUUUAAUUAAAAAAAAUAAAAAUAAGGAAAAUGUAAUAAAAAAGUGUGUAAAAAUUAUGCAAAUUAAGUAAAUUCUACUAGGUUUUUUUCCAGUGUAGAACCAAAAAAAUGCAAAAGGUAAGUUUUGAAUAUAACUUAACACAAACAUGAAAUGUUUAGGUAUUGUGGUAAUCGACGUUUUGUGACUUGUUAAAAAAUGUAAAUUAUAUUUUAAUCAGAAAUAUAUCGUCGCUGUCCUUCCAAAACCUCAGAUGUCCAGAUUUGAUGUUUUGCACUGUAAUUUUUCAUAAAUACUGUGUUGUCAAAGCUGACAAGCACUUUUUAGUACUUUUUAUUGAUUAGAUAUUUGCAAAACCCAGUGACAAACAUUAAGGGUAAAUAAUAGUAAUGAUUUAUGGCAAAAAUAAAAAUCAUAAAAUAUUGAGAUAUGAGGUUUCAGAAAGACAGCAUCCAUAUACUGAAAUAUAUACUGAAUUUACUGAGUGUUAUGGAUUACAUGUAAUCAUUAAAAAAAUAAUUUUAAUUAAAUCUUUAUAAAUCAAA